AUGUCAAGGCCCGAGACUCCGUAUCGCCGUUCCCAGUCCGUUGUUAACCACUUGGAGCAACACCGCGGCACGCCUGUGCUCGAAGAUCAGCACUACAUGGACACCUAUAGCCCCCCGUCCAAUCGUGUUUAUGUUAUGGAGACUUCACAAGAAGGAGACGUGGCACCGGACGGGCGAUGGUCGUUGCGUCACCUGCCGCCGCCUCUGGACCCGCACGGAUCGCUCCAGCAGCGCCGAGGUACGCGUGGCGCCCCUGGUGGCUUUGUUACAAUGGACAAUGGCAGCACCAUCAGCAGCUCGAGUGGCAACUACAUUGACACAAUGAGUCUGACGAACGUGAGCGCUGCGGCGCAGCAGCCACUGAUCUCGACGCCACGUGCGGCGCAAAAAAACAUUGUUCGGGUCAUUGAUAAGGACAUGACGCAGCAGUUCCGGGGUCGGUCCAAGUCGGUUGGCCAGGGACGAAUCCGCUGGUUUGAGAAUCGAAAGUCGCAGCUCCUUGGUUUUUGCCUUACGAUGGCGUUCUUAGGCGUAUCGGUUGCAAUGUAUAACUAUCGGUGGACAGGACUAAUUGCUGGAUCCGUGAACACAAUCAUCUGCGGCUCUGCGGUUGUGAUUACAUACUGUCGCAAGAAGCAAUGGCAUCAGCACCCGAACCCUAUUGUGCACAACCGAUCGGUGCUAAGCAUUUUCAUGGCCGUGUGUUUGCUGUUGAACGUGCUCGUGGACUUUGAUCCAAGUGGCUCUAAUACAGACUGUCAGCGGCUAGCAGGUAUCACUGAAUUUUUCUUCUUUACGGGCGAAGCGUGGGGACUUGUCAUGGCUUGCGAUCUCUUCUUCUCGCUAACGAGUCCAUUUACGAGCUAUAAGCGAUUGAUGAAGUUUUACCAUCUUUGGGUGUGGUCGGGAGGAAUCAUUAUGGGUGUCAUCACGUAUUCGGUGCAGGGUGCGGGUGGUUUCUUCACCGUGGACGGUCGGUCAAUGACGUACGAAUCCGAUACAGACACAGUGAUCGGCUUUUGUCUUGCUUCGUCGCGCAUUUGCUGCGAUACUGGCGAAACUUGCCCCGAUACUGUUACGAAAUGCUCGACUACUGCGAACUUUUUGAAUGCACAGCAGUGGCCUUGGAUUCUGAUUUACUGCUUCGUGCUGCUGGUGUUGUUUGUAUCUGUGUGCGUGCUAACAUUGGCUUGGCAUCGAUUGUACCUCCGAGGCGUACCCAAGACAUACAAUAUCCGCCUCCGUGUGUUGAACUACAUUUCUUUCUUCACUGGUGCCUAUGUAUUCUACUGGCUGCUAUUGCUGCUACUGUACAUGUGUGCGUACUUCUUGUCGACAAAGAGUGACACCUCGAACUCGGAGGCUGUUGCCCAGGUGCUACGUCAGCUCGUCAUCUUCCUCAUUUCGUCCAAGGGCUACUUGGACUACGUGAUUUGGUUCGCUGUGAACAAUAUUGAGCGAAAAAGCGGAAGCGGUCGUGGCGAAUCUGCUGAUGUGGACGUCGACUUGAGUCCGCAGGUGAACACAGCAUUGCGUUCGGAGAUAUUGUACUACACCACAUCUGGCAUCAAGGAAUCCGUUCGCGCGGUGACAGAUGAGCUGAUAACCAUCCCGAUCUCUGGUGAAAGCGAGGCUGCAGGCAAAUCCAUCAAGUUUUGGUCGUUCUGUCCCGCUUCGUUUCGCAACAUCCGCUUGACGUUUGGAAUAAGUGAUGUGGACUAUAUCCAAAUGUUUGGUGCAACCACGAAGGAACGGUUUAGCGAAGGUCGCAGUGGUGCUUUCAUGUUCUAUACGUCUGAUGAGAGUUUGAUCGUGAAGACCAUGUCACCCGAAGAGUGUGCAUUCUUGCGCAAGAUGGCACCGAACUAUGAGGCGUAUAUGACGAGCAACCCCGACACACUUUUGACGCGAUUCUAUGGCUGUCACUCCGUCUCGUUGUAUGGCAAGAUGUACUACUUUGUGGUGAUGGGAAACUUGUUUUCGGACACGGAUGUUGUGCAUCACCGGUACGAUAUAAAAGGGUCGUGGAUCGACCGUAACGCCAAAGUGCCGAGUCCCGGUGGCAAGACCGCAUGCCGGUAUUGUAAUGCAUCGUACACGUUCGGCAGCACAAAGAACCAGGAGUGCGGCGACGGUAUGAACUUUCACGAGCCCGACAUCGUUCUGAAGGAUAAUGAUUUGAUGACGAAGAUUCGGAUCGACCCAGCCACCGCACACCGCAUCUAUGACCAAAUCCACCGAGACAGUGAUUUUCUGUGCUCUCAGGGCAUUAUGGAUUACAGUCUACUCAUGGGCAUCCAAAGCUCCGAGUAUUUCGUUGACACGAACCAGCUUCCGCAAGUUCGCCGGGACGUGCUCUUCACGCAACCGGCUACAAGUGUAGCUGGUCCGUCGCUGUACCAUUUCGGUAUCAUUGAUUUCCUGCAGCAGUGGACAUUGGAGAAGAAGAUGGAGCGUUUCUACAAGACUUUCGUCAAGCGGAAAGACCCUGAAGGCGUAUCUGCACUACCGCCAAAGCCGUACAAGUUCCGUUUCCAGCAAAAGAUGUCGCGCAUCUUUGCGCUGUCCACGCACACACGCGCCGAGCACGACAUGGCAUUCAACCACAACUACCCGGCGCUGAUCGAUGUGCUGGACCAGGGCAACUACGACGCCCAGCGGCACAACGCUGUUGCUGGCAACUCGGUGGUGGACCAACGGCCAGUGUUUAAUCCCGAUCAGCAGCAUGAGAUCCGCAUGGUGUAG